ACUUUGGUUUCUCCAUCAUCACCCUGUUAUAAACUCUUCCUCGUCUCCCAGUUGCAGAGCUCAAUUGUGCAGAGAUGGGUGUUGCAGAAAUGGAUUGCAGCAACCUGAGUUUGGGUUUAACAGCUGUAGGAGUGUUGGUGUCAUGGCUAUAUAUAUACAGAUGGCGUCAGAGAAACAAAGUGGGACCAAAGACAUGGCCAUUUGUGGGUGCAGCCAUAGAGCAACUCCUCAACUAUGAUAACAUGCACGACUGGAUUGCCUCAUACCUCUCUAAGUCCAAGACUGUCAAGGUUCCCAUGCCUCUCACACACUACACUUAUAUUGCAGACCCAGAAAAUGUAGAGUAUGUGCUCAAGACUAAUUUUCCCAACUAUCCAAAGGGAGAAACAUACAGGAAUUACAUGGAAGUGCUUCUGGGAGAUGGGAUUUUCAAUGCAGAUGGUGAAAUGUGGAGGAAGCAACGUAAGACUGCAAGUUUUGAGUUUGCUUCAAAAAAUUUGAGGGAUUUUAGCACUGUGGUUUUCAGAGAAUAUGCCCUGAAAUUGGCAUAUAUCCUGUCACGUACAUCACAAUAUGAGCAGUCCUUAGACAUGCAGGAUGCUUUGAUGAGAAUGACUUUAGAUUCCAUCUGUAAAGUGGGGUUUGGAGUAGAGAUAGGGACGCUGUCUUUGAAAAUGACAGAUACUCCAUUCGCCAAGGCUUUUGAUACUGCCAACAUUAUAGUCACUCUGCGUUUCAUAGACCCUCUAUGGCGAAUCAAACGUUUUCUGCGCAUUGGAACAGAGGCAUUGGUUAACCAAAGCAUACACACAAUCGAUGAAUUUACCUAUUCUAUGAUUCGCAAAAGAAAAGCAGAGAUCAAAAAGACCAAAACCUCAGGCAAGCAAUCUCAGAUUAAACCAGACAUACUGUCCAGAUUCAUUGAGUUGGGUGAGGAUCCAGAAAGUAAACUGUCAGACAAAAAUCUGAGAGAUAUAGUUCUGAAUUUUGUGAUUGCUGGGCGUGACACAACUGCUGCCACUCUCUCCUGGUUUGUUUACAUGAUGAUCACUCACCCUCAUGAAGCUACAAAGGUGUAUGAGGAAUUGUGCAAAUUUGAAGCAGAAAGAGCAAGAGAGGAAGGAGUGACCCUCAUACAAGUGGAUGGGCCAGAGGAUAUUCAAGGUUUCCACAAAAGGAUGGAGCAGUUUUCUCAGUUGCUUAACUAUGACUCUCUUGGAAAAUUGACUUAUUUGUAUGCAACCAUCACAGAGACUCUUCGCUUAUACCCUGCAGUUCCUCAGGAUCCCAAGGGCAUUUUGGAGGAUGAUACUCUGCCUGAUGGCACAAAGUUGAAGAGAGGAGGGAUGGUAACAUAUGUUCCUUACUCCAUGGGAAGAAUGGAAUACAUAUGGGGUCAUGAUGCACAAGAGUUUAAACCUGAAAGAUGGUUCAAAGAUGGAGUAUUCCAGCAUGUUUCCCCUUUUAAGUUCACUGCUUUUCAGGCCGGACCACGAAUAUGUUUGGGAAAAGACUCGGCAUUCCUGCAGAUGAAGAUGACCACUGCAAUUCUAUGCAGAUUCUUCAACUUCCAUUUGGUUCCUGGACAUCCAGUCAAUUAUAGAAUGAUGGCCAUUCUCUCCAUGGCCCAUGGCUUGAAAGUUACCAUUUCCAAAAGAAUCUAAUAUAAUUAGGCCAAAAUUUUAUGCAAUCACAGUUUAUUAUUAGUAAAGAUUCAGAAUCACUGCUUAACGGAUUUGGACUACUGAACAGUCAACUUCUCUGAGUUAAUUAUAUGGAGAAUUGAUUGAACUGAAUUCUAUUUUCAGUAGAUAUUCGAUAUUUUAUCUUAUGGAUUUUUAGAAAAACCAAUUGCUACUAAAGUAGUCUUACAAAGUAUACAUUUGAUAUUUAAUGAUUUGUUUUUUGAUUUAAGUAUAAAAAGUUUUAAAAUUUUAAAAUUA